AUGGCCCAGCCAGUUAUCUAUCGCACGCCCCCUCUCGCCGGACGACCGCCCUAUGCAACCGACGAGCCGGACUCUGUAUAUCAACAACACCCUACUGAGACCCGCAGAAUUAGACAGCAGCCGCCUUCGAACCCCAACGACAGGACAUCUGCGUACAACAUGUACGACCAGUACUUAGACGGUUCGGGUCGUGUCCCUCCCGCCGAAAACCCAUUCGACGAUAGCAAAAGGGUUCCCCAGCAGCCCAUCCCGCUUGCUGCUCCUAAGCCUGGCUACGCCGCCCCCGUUGCCGCCCUCAACCUCUCACGCCCACCUCGCGCCGCCACCCCAGAGGGCAAGCAGCAUAUUCCUGCGCCUGCACCCGCGAUGUCAAUGUCGCCCGAGAUGUCGCAGGCGUUUCCAAAGCCACUUACUCUCGUCUCCCGACAGAACUCGCCUGUCUCGCCCCAUUUCCCGCACUCACCUCUGGAGCUCCAGGCUCCGAUGACCCCGAUUGCGCCUGCGUUUAUUCGUCCGUCUAGCGCGGCCAGUACAAGGCGCGAUGUCAAGUUUUCGCCCACUCAACCCAUUUUGCGCGGCGACAAGGAGGAGACACUUCUCCCGAGGCGAGGCCAGGGCGAGGAUUUUUGGCGACGCUUCAGUAUGGUAGCUAAGGAAGACCACAAUGCUCGUGGAAGCAAAAGUGCAUGGCUAAGGAAGACAAUGAACGGGAGCUCGCGCUACUCUCGUUGGGUAUGGGUCAUUGGAAUCUUUCUGCUACUCAUCAUCAUUGCAGCUAUCGGUUUCGGUGUUUACAAGUCGCAGCAUGACUCCAACUCAGACUCCUCUGUUGUAACAGCCAUCGGUGGCAGCGCCGAUGAAGGCGUUACGACUUCAUCUGCCGUCGCCGGCGCAUCGACAUAUCUGCAUGUUUCUCCGACGCUUACGCUCAAGGACCGGGGCAUCUUGGACGACGUAGUACCUACACUCGUAUCCCUCCCACCUGUCCCCAUCCACGUCCCCCCGGAAUCAGGCGACAUUGCGCACAUUGCGCGCCACUCUGUCCGGCAUCGACGCAGCCUUGUAAAUCGCACCCUAGAGUGA